AUGGAUAUUCGUACAUACUCUAAACUGAGUAUGAUAGCUUCCGAGUUAUGGAAUUCCAAAGUACCAGAUAACAACGAUGAGUCAGAAGAUUUGAGUACAUUAGAUGAAGAAGCUGAUCAACAGUUUACACGCCAUGUAAGUAACGGAUAUCUAAGAAAUUACGUAGGUUGUAUUGUUCACAUACAUACAAAGUAACUUGCUAAUCAAAAUAAUAGAACAGGAGUUUCAGAAAACUAAACAAAUAAAUUUAAAUGGCAAGAUUUAGACGGAAAAACUUGCCACACGAAAUACAAACGUAUGCUGCACUUUGACUUUAUUCAUUUUUGACUCAUGCAAAAAGAAAAUGAACUCUUGGCUGGUCCAACAGAUAUAAGCAACGCAGUAGGGACUUUGCACAGAGUAAGGAAUUAGAAUUCUAACUAGGCAUGCCCGGUUAUAACCGAUAAAUUUCAUCUUUUUUUCUGUAAUGGAUUGUGUGAAAAGUAAGCCUUCACGGAGAUUCUUUUGAAAUAUACAAACGGGAAAAGACGACGAAUUUGAUAGUGAAUAGUAUAAACCAGAGAGAUAAAUUCGAACAGGAAGUGCUCGACGGAGAAACUGAUUUAUAUAAUCUUCUGUUCUGUUAAUCUAAGUUUAUUUUAAUCCACCAUCACAGUGUACCUAUACUUUUAGUCGUCUUCGUUUAACCUUCUCAUAAGGCUCACGCUUAAACGACUAUAUAGAAGAAACUGAAAACAGACUGUGUAUAACGCUGUCACACUAUGUCUUGCAGUCAAAAAAAUGCGUACUUCUCGAUAAGUAAGCUCUAAAAGUGGCAGUGUCCAAAAAUUGAUUUUGAACAAAAAGUGUUAGAGUCGCAGAUCAGUCUAUCCACGUAACGGUCCAGUUUCCCAUAAGUCAGUCAAGUUUUGUCAAGAUUAUAGUUCUGCGAGAAAAGCUCUUACAGAGCUCGGAGGCGUCUCAUUUUGGAGAACAAAUAUUUUCUUUAAAAUGGUAAUUAAGUGAACGCUACAGGCUCUACGAGUAUAUACUCGUACUCACGUAUACUCGAGUACAAAAUUCCUAGUAUUCGUACUCGAGACUUUUUUUAACAAGUAUUCCAAAAAAUACUCGAGUACUUUUCAAAAAACUGAUGAUCUUUGUUUUACUAUUUACAUAUCAAAAAAUCGAUUUUUUCGGAAUCACCGGCUUCUUAUACUCGAAUACUUUUCACAAAAUACUCCUACUCGAUCCUCAGUACUCGUACUCGUACUCAGAAGUCCGUGUACUCGCCCAUCUCUGUUUGAAUCUAUGAACUGUCUCCUGCAUAUAGGAUAUGAAAACGUAUUUCAUCGAUAAUACUACUUUAGUUAAUUAGUAGUUUAAUGUAUAAUAGUGGGAACAGUUGCUACUAUCGGAGCCAAAAUACAAGAGCAGUGGCUAUUUUUUGAAUAACUCAGCACCAAAUAAAGAUAGAGGCUUGCAAUUUUCACUAUUCGAUAGCCAAAACUUGAGAUGAUCUUUCUACAAGCAGAAGGGAUUUUUGGAAAAUUUUUCGAAGCCGGAUUUCCGGAAGAUCUUUGGAAAACUAGCUUUGAUUUUUCGAAAUUCAAAUAGAAAUUUAUUGACUUUUUUUGGCGGGGCAUAUGUAGUUCGCAGUGUCCUCCACAAAAUCGAGUCUAAGCAACAUCUCGAAAACCUAUUUUUUCUGGAGCCUUACCACUCCCCUGCUGUUAGGUUUGGGACUGUCAGAAAUGAAUGAAAACAUAGGCUAUCGACUAUACUAAAUCUCGUGGCAAUGCUGGUUUUCACAAAAAAGUGCAACAACCGAGUGAAAACCUGUACUAUGUGAAAUAAUCCGUUUUUGAUUAUUUUCAUCAACAAUUAGAUAAUUCAUAACUCAGUCAAAAUCCAUCUGAACUACGUCAGAAUGUCAGCAAAUACUCUAUUUUAUCUGCAGCAUAUCAUACCGUAAAGCUCAAUAAAUGUUGAAAAAAUCAACAGAAAAUACUUUGGUUUCUAGAAAGGUUUCCGAGAAACCUUCGGAACUAAAAGAAUAUUUUUCUUGUUUUUACGUAUAGAAUUAGAAUGAACGGCUAAAAUAGAGUAUUUGCUGACAUUCUGAAGUAGGCUGGAUGGAUUUCGACUGAAUUAUGCAUUACUUAAUUUUUGAUGAAAAUAAUUAAAAAUGGAUCAUUUCACCUAGUAUUUACCCACUGCUCUGGCAUUUUGGCUCCGAUAGUAGUACUUUGAGGUCCGAUUCUUAAAACAAAGCAGGUUUCGACCUGACUAAGCAUACCAGCCAAAAACCAUAAGUCAGUUACGUUUUGUUAAGAUUAUCGUUCUGUGAGAAAAGCUCUUACAGAGCUCGGAGGUGUCUCAUUUUGAAGUACAAACAUUUAUCUUUAAAAUGGUAGUUAAGCAAACGUGAAUAACUGAAUCAAUUUUCAAGAUAGAAUUUUCGAAUCAGAUGCCACAUCUUUCGAAUAAGAUGUUCAGUUUACAGUUUGUAUAUGACCGCGAUGCUAACUAUAAGAUAAGAUAAGAUAAGAUUUAUUUUUAUUAAAGAGCAGGAUAUCACAAAAAAAAGAAACAAAAUCUUGUGGCAUCCGUGGAUACCCUGUGAUAACCUAAAACUAAAAAUUUAAAACUAUAAAUAUGUAAACAAAAUAACAUUAUUAAAAGCCUGAGUAACCUCGCAGGAUAUUUUUAAAUGUGGCUAAAGAAGUUUGAGAGGCUAAAACAGAAGGUAGUUCAUUCCAAUCUUUUGAGGUUCGCGGAAGAAAAGAGCUAGAUGC